AGUCUAUGUAUGCAAGAUGUAAUAUACGGAGUAUAUAAGAAUUACUUUUGCAAUAUGCAUAGGAAGUAAUAUUAAGAAUCCUUUGGGCAAAUGUAUCUAAUCUUGAAAGAAUAGAAGAAAUGACAGAAGUGAUAGUGGAACAUACUCUUGAAGCAAAUACUUCAGGCACGAAGGAGCCAACCAUCCUUCUCUGGUUGAUACUAGGGCUAUCAAUUGGUGCUUUCAUUAUGUCCGGUGAGGCGAUAUCCGGUGAUCGCGAGCCGCACGAUGAACGCGUUGAAGUUCUUCAACAGACCAUGCAUCAAAUGCAACAGGAUCUCGAAGCAAUGUUUGCGCGGUUGGAAGCCUUGGUCCUGGCGAAUCGACCACUGCUCCCUACUCCGCCCGGCAAAACACCGUUCGCCAGCUCUUCGAAUCAUGGAGGACAUGACUAUUCGGGUCAUCCGGGUCUGCCAAAACCAAAACUGGAGGCACCCAAGACCGACGGCUCAGAGCCCUUACGCUGGUUAUACAAGGUGAACGAGUACUUUGCCUUUUAUGAUACGCCCCCCGCCGACCGCUUAUGGUGUGUCGCAUUAAUGUUAGAAGGACCGGCGGCAGAUUGGUUUCGGUGGCGUCAGUCCGGUAAGUUGAUUUCCGGAUGGGAUGAUUUUGUUGAGAAAUUUAAACUCCGCUUUGAUCCCUUGCAUUAUGUUGAUUACUUUGCACAAUUGGCUAAGCUACGGCAAACGGGGUCUGUCAUGGAUUAUCAAACUGAGUUUGAGAAAAUUUUGCAACACGCGACUGGAGCCUCUGAAGCUAAUCUCAUCUCCAUUUUUCACUCGGGACUCCGGCCGUAUCUACAACAUGAGCUUACUCUUUUGGCGCCACAAACCCUAUCUGACUCUUUCGCAUUGGCUAGGGAGUUAGAGGCCAAACACAAUGCUUUGAUACAUGCCAUACCCCAGCGCCAAGGAACUUGGGCGUCUGGGGCCACUUCUCGGUCUCCCUUGUCACGUCCUCCGGUGCCGGCUCCAGGUGAUGCCACUACGGAUAAGGCAGUGCUGGCAACACCCAUCCGUCGCCUCACGCGCGCGGAGAAAUUGGAAAAAGACGCGAAGGGGUUAUGCUACAACUGUGAUCAACGUUGGUCCAAAGGGCAUCGUUGUGGUCGUGUCUUACUCUUUAUUGGUGAUGAUGAUGAUGCACCAGUGGACAAUGAGAAUGACAACAUAACUACGGCCGCGGAUCCUUGGGUAGCGGCAGACAUCUCGAGCCUACAGAGUUUAACCGGGACCGCUACUCCGCGUUCUCUCCACCUGUUGGGCGCCGUCGGGACGCAGGAAUUGCAGGUUUUGAUUGACGGGGGUAGCACCCACAAUUUAAUACAUCCACGUGUGGUUUCUAAGUUGCAAUUGGCAGUGACGCAGGUGCCACCCUUCCGGGUAUAUGUAGGCAAUGGGGAUUACCUCUUAUGUGAUACCCAAUGUCCACAAGUCAAGUUGGAAUUGCAAGGCACCGUCUUCCCAGUUGAUUUGUUCGUUCUUCAAAUUCACGGGCCGGAUGCCGUUUUGGGGGUUCAGUGGCUUCAACUAUUGGGGAAAGUGGCACAUGACUACUCCAAAUUGACGAUGGAGUUCGAAUGGGAAGGCCGGCCGGUGAUUUUGCGGGGGUUGCUGCAAGGACCAAAAGCCGUAUCCCUCCAGGUCUUGCAAGCCAUUCACAGUCUUGGAGAAGCCCGCGACUACGUCGAAAUUUUGUAUGUGCAUACAGCGGCAGCCCCGCCCACUGAUUCUCCUCCUCCAGACCUGCCCAUGCCAAUUCAGCAGUUACUCUUCAAGCAUGCGGCUGUGUUCCAGGAUCCCACUGGUCUCCCUCCACGGCGUGAUGUGGACCAUCGCAUUUUCCUCCAGCCAGGCACGCCUCCGGUGCCAGAUGCGCUGUCAAGGCGGGAUGAACCGCCGCUUUUGGGCCAUUCGCUGGUGUUACUGUCUCAGCCAGUUCCGGAGCUGCUCAACACCAUUCGGGCUGAAAAUUUGAACCAACCAGAUUUGCUCACUUUGCAUGAAAAGUUUCGCCAGGGCACUUUGAACAGUGACUAUGCAGUGGCUGACGACAUUCUCUAUUUUCGCCGGCGCAUUUACAUUGGGGUUAAUUCGGAGCUGCGUACUGUCCUCAUCCGAGAAUAUCACGACACCCCAAUGGCGGGACACUCGGGCAUUCAUCGAACCUUUCAACAUUUGGCUAUGGUUUUUUAUUGGUCGUCCAUGCGUCGCGAUAUUAAAGAUUAUGUGAGUCGCUGUUUUGUAUGCCAGACGACGAAGUACUCGACGUUGCCUCCAGCGGGGUUCUUACAACCUCUUCCUAUUCCCACGCAGGUGUGGGACCACAUCUCUAUGGAUUUUAUUGUCGGGUUGCCUCCAUCCCGCGGUUUCACUGUCAUAUUGGUGGUCGUCGAUCGUUUAUCCAAAUACAUACACCUUGGCGCCUUGCCUACAGAUUUUGAUGCUCACCGGGUUGCUUUUUUGUUUAUUGACAUGAUGGCGUUGUAUGGACGUGAGCCUCCGUCCUUCCUGCCUUAUGCACCUGGGGAUUGCCAGUUACCAGCGGUGGAUCAGCUCCUGGUGGAACGUACAGAGAUGCUCGACCGGUUGCACCAACGGUUGGCUCUCGUCCAACAGCGAAUGCGUGCUGCCGCCGAUAAGCACCGUCGUGAGCUCUCAUUCGACGUGGGCGACUUGGUCCUUUUGAAAUUGCAGCCGUACCGGCAACAUUCAGUCGCGACACGACGGUCCCAAAAGUUGGCCCGGCGAUAUUAUGGCCCCUUCGAAGUACUUGCCAAAGUUGGGGCGGCAGCCUAUCGUCUCAAACUUCCAGUGGGGGCGCGUAUUCAUCCGGUUUUCCAUGUGUCCUUGUUGAAACCUUUUCGGGACAAUGCGGAGGGAGUUACGGCCAUGCCUCUUCCUGAGACAUUUGUGCAUGGGGACCCUAUUUCCAAGCCGGUACGUUUGCAUGGUCGGCGGACAGUUCUGCAAGAUGGGAAACCUGUAGAGCAGGGUUUAGUGCAGUGGUCGGAUGGUGGUUUGGAUGACGCUUCAUGGGAACCAUUGGACACCCUUCGGAAGCACUUUCCUCAUCUUCACCUCGAGGACGAGGUGCAUGUUGAACCGGGGGAGAGUGUUACGAGCAGGGCUCCUGAGGACAUCGAAGACGUGGGUGAUCGCUCAUGCAUGGGGGAGGUGUGGCGUAGUACGAGAAUUAGGAGACCGCCGCACUGGCGGAAGGAUUAUGCAGAUUAAGGAUUAUUAUUUAUUUAUUAUUAUUAAUCAAUGUAACAUAGAUUUUAUUAGAUAAUCAUCUACUCCAACAAAAGUAACCCAAGAACACCACCAAGAACCCGAAACAAAAUAAAAAAGAGAACAAACACAAUCGAACAUUACACGUAUAAUAGGCACGUAGACAAUAUAUUACGUAACUUACGCACUUAAGAAUAAGAAAAAUCAAUCAAAGGCCGAGUCGAUU